UUAGGCCUUAUGAUUUCCUUUUCUCUUAGUCUUGGUACCCCACCUAAACUUUGUUUUGUUCUCUGUUUUCAGGGAAGAACUCAUCUGCAUCCUGGACAAUGCUGGGCCUUUUCAGGCUUCCCGGGACGUUUGGCCAUCUCAUUGUCUCACACAGCCAUCAUCAGACAUGUGUCCCUGGGCCACAUUCGAAAGAUUGUGUCCCCAACGUCCUCCGUCUCCAGUGCUCCUAAAGAGUUUUCUGUCUUUGGAAAGAAGAAUUUAGAAGAUGAGGAAACUCAUUUGGGAACUUUCAUAUAUGACGAAAAUGGAGACCAAAUUCAGACCUUCAAACUUUCUGCUGAUAAAGUUGGCCCCUACAACCAUGUUACACUACAGGUGAACAGCAACUGGGGAGAAUCGGGCUACACCUGCCUCUACGACUUCAGAGUGCAUGGAGAUCUAGCCAAAGAAUGAGGUCAACAAG